UUUCUCCGAAUGGUGCUAGUUUCUGAAGAAAUCCAUCAGUUUAUGGUGAAAUGAAACCGGCCCAAAGGGACCGAACGCGAGUGACCGUGGACGAAAGCGGCAUCAUCGCUGUCGCGUCACGGCGAUCGCCUCCCCUCCAAACGAAAUCCUCCCGUCUUUUGCAAGACCGACGGCUCAACCACCGCACCACCACCACCACCAUGCGGCAUGCGCUCCAACAGCACCCGCGCCUCUCCAUGACGCCCCCGCCCGCGCCGCUCCUCCUCCUCACCACCCACUCCGCCGCCGCCGCCGCGCUCCUCCUCUUCCUCCUCGACCCAGCCGCCGCCCGCGCGCGCAAGCGCAGGCGCCGCGACGCCGACCACGACGCGGACGACCCCGUCCCUCCGGCUCCCCCGCCCCCGGAGCAGCCGCCGCCGCCGCCGCCGCCGCUGCCGCUGCCGCCCACGAGCCCGGACCACUUCCCGCUCGCGUUCCGCGUCUCGGCACCCACCUUCCACUUCCUCGCUGGCCUCCUCGACCCGCUCCUCUCCCACCCCUCCCUCCCGUCCCCGGUGCUCCUCGCGCUCGCGCUCGCGCGCCUCGCGUCGGGCCUACCCUACCCGGCGCUCGCGGCGCUCUUCCGCGUGCCGCCCUCGGCCCCUCGCGCCGCCUCCCGCCGCCUCCGCCGCGUGCUCCUCGCCAACUUCCGAUUCUGGCUCGCCUUCCCCUCCGAGCCGAGCAGCGCCUCCUCCGCCCCGCUCCCCUCUUGCCGCGGCGCGCUCGGAUGCGCGCGCUUCGCCGGCCCGACGGGCCCGCUCGCCGCGCAGCUCGUGGCGGGCGCCUCCUCCCGUGUCCUCUCCCUUGCUGCCGGUUUCCGCGGCGAUCGCACGGACCUCGAGGUGCUGAGGCUGUCGUCUUUGUACCAGGAGGUCGAGCAGGGGAGGGUGCUUGACUCCGCGCAGUACUUGGUUGCGGAUGGGGGCGGGUACCCGCUGCUGCUCUGGCUCAUGGUGCCGUUCCCAGGACCGGUGGUGCCUGGCUCCCCGGAGGCGGAGUUCAACGCUGCGCACAAGGCAAUGUGCCGCCCGGUGAGACGCGCUGUCCGGAGCUUGAUGGGGUGGGGGGCCAUCGCGCGGCUCCACGAGGAGGAGAGCCCUCGUGCGGCUGUGGCGUGCAUUGGGACGUGCGCCAUGCUCCACAACGUGUUGCUGACAAGGGAGGAUUACUCUGCAUUGGCACCGGAAGAGGAGGCAGAGAGUGUUUUGGGGGGAAUGCAGAGCCAGGGAGAUGACACUGGUGCUGGAGCAGAAGGAUUCGAGGUUGAUGGGCGUGCAUUAGCGUUGCGGAGCGCAUUGGCAGCAACAAUGAGGGACCUUCAAGCGCCUGAUUAGCAAUGGUGAUUGUUUUACAAUUUCUGUCAUUGCUGAUUCUUUUAAUCAUAUAGUUUGUAUAGUGAUGAAUACUUUGAUUCCAUUGGGUUCUUCACUCUUCAGUUUGUUGCUUGCUCAAUAAAUCAAGUACGAAAGAAAUUAGACUAUCA